AUGUCAUCUCCAUCCGUGCAUUGGAGCUUGACCUAUGAUGGUAUGAUUGUUGGUGAACAUUCACGAGAUACAGAUCUCGAUGUCAACCCAGUAAGGACCAAGGAACUUACCAAUAUACGUUCUGCUGGCAAAGAUGAGAAUGUGAAGCUAUCUCCUCCUCGCCUUAUGACUCUUGAAGAAGCAAUAGGGUAUGUUGCCUCUGAUGAGCUCAUUGAGGUUACGCCAAAAGCGAUUCGAUUAAGAAAGAGAUACCUGGAUGCUGGCAAGCGUAAAACGAUGAGAAAUAAGCCUAAGGAUUGA